AUGUUCGAUGUCUACUGGACAGACCAUAAUAGAGAGCUCGUCGGCGAGCGAGCUACCAGAAAAGAGCGCGAAGAGCGCGAAGGGAAAUCUCGAGAGAGGAGCAGUCAGAAGAAGCAGGAAAACGCGCGACACUCUGUAUCCACAAACGGAUCCGCGUCCAGCGAAAGGAGCUUUGGUUUGUUUUCAAGCAGGAAGAAAUUCACCACUCUAGGGAGACUGGACCUGACCUCUACCUCAUCCGAGCCAGCUACAGAUGCCACGAAAGAAAGGGGCAUAUCAGCGUAUGGUGUAAAGAGACUGCUAUCUCAUCAAGAAAGUCCUGGUGCCACUGUGAAGCCCAUGAAUGCGGAAGACCUACCGGUUCAGCAGCCUGAACCCAUUGAUGUGGCUGACGUUUCUCGAUGGCCAGACUCAGUUACCUCAAAAUGGACACAGCCGUCUCUUGCAACUUCGAGUACUUUGGAGGGGAGCUCGCCUCGCAGCUCAAUUGCGACAAGAUCAGAACAUCUGGUGCAGACUCUGGGCCCAUCUUCGUUCAUCCUCAAGACCACCCAGGUCGUUGUUGGCCCACGCAAUUCGGACACCGAUGUCAACCAUCUGAUUUCUGAAGUCCACAUAUCUUCAGAUGGGGUCAAGGCAGCCACGCCUCCGCUACCUGAUUUGCCAGAGGAAGGGCAUGGAUUCCUUAGACAAUAA